AACAAAAGAUGUACUAACCCUGUUCAACAUUAUCACUGUCAAGGAGAAAGCAGUUACGGAGUUGAACUCAACCUGCCAGCUGAGAACACUGCACUUUGGCGUGAUAUGGAGACCUCUGGUAAAGCACCAGUUAAAUAUACAGAUGGGGUGAACGGAGAUUCCAAAGCAGCUGAAGCGGCCUCUUCUGGUCAGGACUCCGUCUCUUGCCUGGGAGGCGUGAGGUGUUCACUCCCACCAGUAUACCGGAAUGAGCUCGUCCAGCUUACCAAACUAGCGGGUCCAGUGGUCAUUUCCCAACUUAUGGUCUUCAUGAUCAGUUUCGUCAGCACGGUGUUCUGUGGUCACCUGGGGAAAACUGAACUUGCAGGAGUAUCGUUAUCAAUUGCGGUGGUUAAUGUCACAGGUAUUUCCAUUGGCAAUGGUUUGUCGUUAACCUGCGAUACCCUCAUCUCUCAGACGUAUGGGAGCGGUAACUUGAAGCGUGUGGGUGUGAUUCUCCAGAGGGGGAUUCUGAUUCUCCUGCUGGCCUGUUUCCCCUGCUGGGCCGUCCUCAUCAACACUGAACCCCUCCUACUCGCUAUCAAGCAGAACCCAGAAGUUGCCCGUCUUACCCAGCUGUAUGUGAAGAUCUUCAUGCCUGCACUGCCGGCUGCUUUUAUGUACCAUCUGCAAGGGAGGUAUCUUCAAAAUCAGGGAAUUAUAUGGCCUCAGGUUAUAACUGGAGCAAUUGGGAAUGUCUGCAACGCAAUCAUCAACUAUGUCUUCCUAUAUCAUCUGGAUUUGGGCAUUGCUGGAUCUGCAGCAGCCAACGCCAUCUCACAAUAUUUACUGGCUGUGGUCUUAUAUGUUUACAUCUGCUGGAGGGGUCUGCAUAAGGCUACAUGGGGAGGAUGGUCGCUUGACUGUCUGCAGGAGUGGGGACCCUUCAUCAAGUUGGCCAUCCCCAGUAUGCUCAUGCUUUGUCUGGAGUGGUGGUUGUUUGAAAUAGCAGGAUUCCUGGCUGGAGUGAUUGGUGAGGCGGAGCUGGGAGCUCAAUCUAUAGCAUAUGAGCUGGCAGUUAUAGCUUACAUGUUCCCACUAGGGUUCUCUGCCGCAGCCAGUGUACGGGUGGGGAACGCUCUUGGUGCAGGAAACAUAGAGCAGGCCAAGCUGUCUUGCAAGGUCCCCAUCGUUUGUGCAUUCAUCAUCGCAUGUUUUGUUGGAGGUAGUUUGGGCAUUGCCAGAAAUGUCGUUGGAUUCAUUUUCACCACGGAGCAAGACAUUUUACAGAGAGUGGCCGACGUCAUGGUUAUAUUUGCUUUCACACACGUUUGUGAUGCUGUUGCGGGUGUGACUGGAGGUGUUCUUAGAGGAGCAGGAAAACCGUUGAUUGGUGCUCUGUGUAACCUGGUGGGAUUCUACUUCAUUGGCUUUCCUAUUGGUGUGUCCCUAAUGUUUGCAGUAAAUAUGGGCAUCGUAGGACUGUGGACAGGACUUACCAUCUGUGUGUUAAUGCAGUCCAUUUUCUUUCUCACAUAUGUGUACAAACUUGAUUGGAAGAAGGCUUCUGAAGAGGCUCUUGUGAGAGCAGGAGUCCAGAUCAAAGAAGAAAAAGAGAUGGGCAGGAUGGAAAAUAAAGACUCGAAUCAGAACCAUGCUCAGGUCAGUACUACUGCAUCCAGUUGUGAGAGUGCUGAGGAGGACCACACAUACCAGGAGGUGCAUAUUGCGGACCAGAAUAAAUCCACUACGACUACGCUGGGAGAAGUUCUGUCAGUCACACAGCUGGUUUUACGGCGUGGCCUCGUAUUGCUGAUCAUGAUCAUCAUCCUCGUCGCUGGAAUCCUCAUCAACAACUUCGUCAUGAGGUUGAUGAAAUGAGUCCUCUGAUGAUGUAGAGUUGGCACUCAGACUCGUGGUUGUCCAUUAACAAUAUUUUCAUGUUGACAUGAAAUGACCUUGCAUUGUGACAGAGUUAUUCGCUCCGUUGAUCCCACUGAGGAUCAACGCUUGAAUCUGCAACCUUUCCAAAAUCUGUCAUGUAUAACUGGACAGCCACUCACAGAUCAUGUUUAACAAGUUGAUAAGGGAAUAUCUAGCAAGCCAAAGAGACUGAGAUAUUUUCUGAGAAGUUAGCUGAAUAAACUUGAACUGCACUGAAAUGUGGGUAUUAGGGCUUGGGGAAAAAAGGACUUUAAAAGUAUAGUCAUGUAGUGAAAUUUUGAUUAAAGUGGAUGCAGGCCUUCAUUUUUACCAUGAUUUUGCUUUGGAGUCAACUUGUGGUCCCUAGGGGGCGAUAAAUUGCAACUUUAACUAGGAGUUUGUUCACGCUUGUGACAAACGCUAUUCAGUGGCUCAGGUAGA